AUCGCUUAUAGCAUCCAUUGCGAGAUCCAGCACGCGUCAGGCAGUCACGGUGGAGACGCUGUGGUUCACACCGGCGGGUUUAAACACGGUUUUAACGGAUUUUAACGAAGUUUUUUAUCUUUCUUGUCUUACACGUUUAGCUAGCUGUUUAUCAUGCCAGCCAAGACUUCCCUGUCUCUGCCAGAGGAUGUCAGGAAAAGGCUGCAGGUGCUGGAUGAGGAUGGAUUUUCAGACGAGGAUCAUGUCAAAGAGAAGCUCAGGUUGGUGCAGGACUUCCUGCAUGUUGAUGCUCAGGACCAGCUGACCAGCCUGGAGGAAAAGAUGAAAAGUUCAGAGAUCUCAAUGGAGAUUUACAUCUCAAAAGUAAAAUCCUUGCUCGGAAAAGAGCUUAAUCUUGAAAAUGGCUCACAUGUUGAUGGCAUGGAGAAGAAUGGAAAGACAAAUGGUUUCACAAACGGUUCCCACAAAGAUGAGGACGGUGAAGAUGUAACCAUGGACAUGCAUGAGGAGGAGGAAGCAGUCAAAUCACCAACUGCUCCUAAGGGAAAGGGUGGACGCAGGAGCAAGGCAAAUUCCGACAAUAAAAAGUCUCCGGUUAGUACCAGGGUCACAAGAAACAGUGGGAAACAGCCAACCAUCUUGUCAAUGUUCUCUAAAGUUCAAAAGCGCAAGUCUGAAGACUUAAAUGGUGAAGCCACUAAUGGGCAAAAUGAACUGAAGAAAGAGGAAGAUGAUGCUGAGGAGUCUCGGGAAGAGAAGCGUCUCAAAGUGGACUCCAGUGACAAUGCUGCUCCAGAAGAAUCAAAGAGUGAGAUGAUUAAAUCGGUUUCUGCUGCAAAGACACCACCACCCAAAUGCCCAGACUGCAGACAAUACUUGGAUGAUUCAGAUCUAAAAUUCUUUCAAGGGGAUCCUGAUAAUGCGCUGGAUGAACCAGAAAUGUUAACAGAUGAGCGCCUCUCCUUGUUUGACUCAAAUGAAGAUGGAUUUGAGAGCUAUGAGGAUCUACCUCAGCACAAGAUUACAAACUUCAGUGUGUAUGACAAGCGUGGCCACCUUUGUCCAUUUGACUCUGGACUGAUUGAGAAGAACGUCGAGCUCUACUUCAGCUGUGUUGUCAAACCGAUCUAUGAUGACAACCCUUGCUUGGAUGGUGGUGUUCCAGCAAAGAAACUCGGACCUAUCAAUGCCUGGUGGAUCACAGGUUUUGAUGGUGGAGAAAAAGCUUUAAUUGGUUUCACUACAGCUUUUGCUGAUUACAUCUUAAUGCAGCCAAGUGAGGAGUAUGCACCCAUCUUCGCAUUGAUGCAAGAGAAGAUCUAUAUGAGCAAGAUAGUGGUGGAAUUCCUCCAGAAGAAUCCUGAUGCUACUUAUGAGGAUCUUCUCAACAAGAUUGAGACAACCGUGCCUCCUGCAGGGCUAAACUUCAACUGUUUCACUGAAGAUACACUGCUGCGCCACGCCCAGUUCGUGGUGGAGCAGGUGGAGAGCUAUGAUGAGGCCGGCGACUCUGAUGAGCAGCCCAUCAUUGUUACACCCUGCAUGAGAGACCUGAUCAAGCUCGCAGGAGUCACUCUAGGGAAGAGGAGGGCUGCCAGAAGACAGGCCAUUCGUCACCCGACAAAGAUAGAGAAGGACAGUAAGGGACCGACUAAAGCGACCACUACCAAGCUGGUCUACCAAAUCUUUGAUACCUUCUUCUCUGAUCAAAUAGAGCAGAACGAUAAAGAGAGUGGAGUCAAAAGACACCGUUGUGGAGUCUGUGAGGUUUGCCAAUCUCCUGACUGUGGCAAAUGUACAGCUUGCAAGGACAUGAUCAAAUUUGGAGGAAGUGGCAAAAGCAAGCAAGCUUGUAAGCAGAGAAGAUGCCCAAAUCUUGCCGUAAAGGAGGCUGAAGACGAUGAGAACAUUGAAGAGGAAGAUGUUCCAGUGGAGAAGACUAAAAAGGUUGCUUCUGCUAAGAGGAAGAAGCAGACCCAGUGCAAACUGACAUGGAUUGGAGAACCUGUUCAGACAGAGGGAAAGAAGCAGUACUACAAGAAGGUCUCUGUGAAUGAUGAAGUGCUGGAGGUGGGAGACUGUGUCUCAGUUUCAUCAGAGGAUCCAUCCAUUCCUCUGUAUCUGGCAAGGAUCACAUCACUGUGGGAGGACGCCAGUGGAAAGAUGUUCCAUGCCCAUUGGUUCCUGCGUGGGAUUCACACAGUGCUGGGAGAGUCCUCUGAUCCCCUGGAGCUUGUUAUUGUGGACGAGUGUGAAGACAUGUUGCUCAAUUAUGUCCAAGGCAAAGUGAACGUCACAUAUAAGCCCCCAUCUAACAACUGGUUUAUGGAGGGUGGCAUGGAUGUUGACCUCAAGGUGAUUGAUGAUGAUGGCAAGAGUUUUUUCUAUCAGUUCUGGUACGACACAGAGUUCGCCCGCUUUGAGACACCUCCUAAGACCACUCCAUCAGAAGACUGCAAGUUCAAGUUCUGUGGCAGCUGUGAUAGGACUAAGGAAAGAGAGCGACAGGAAAUUCCUCAGGCGUUUGAGCCCCUGGAGAAUGAAGACAACGACUCCAAGGCUUUGUAUGCUCUGGCUUGCUUUAAGGGGGAACAGUUCAGGGUGGGAGACGGCAUCUACUUGCCCCCUGAGGGUUUUAAUUUCAGUGUGAAGCCAGCUAGUCCAGUGAAGCGCUCCCAUAGGAAAGAGGAUGUGGAUGAGGAGUUAUAUCCAGAGUAUUACAGGAAAUCCUCAGACUACAUUAAGGGGUCAAAUCUGGACGCUCCAGAGCCCUUCCGCAUCGGGCGCAUCAAGGAGAUUUUCUGUCACAGGCGUAGCAACGGGAAACCUGACAUGUCCGAGGUCAAACUGCGACUCUACAAGUUCUACAGGCCUGAGAACACUCACAAAGGUGUCAAAGCUAGUUACCACACAGACAUCAACCAGCUGUACUGGAGUGAUGAAGAAGUGACUGUCAGCAUGUCUGAGGUGCUCGGCCGCUGUCAAGUAGAAUAUGGAGAGGACCUGAAUGAGUCAGUCCAGGACUAUUCCAGUGGUGGACCAGACCGUUUCUAUUUCCUAGAGGCCUAUAACGCAAAAUCAAAAAGCUUUGAAGACCCUCCAAAUCAUGCUCGCUCGUCUGUUCAUAAAGGCAAAGGAAAGGGCAAAGGGAAAGGUAAAGGCAAAGGAAAGGCAUCUGCUGCACAGGAACCACAGGAAACUCAGACUGAACCACAGGCACCUAAAGUGCCCAAAUAUCGCACACUGGAUGUGUUCUCUGGCUGUGGUGGACUCUCUGAAGGCUUCCACCAGGCUGGUAUCUCUGAGACUCUGUGGGCCAUUGAGAUGUGGGAGCCUGCAGCACAGGCCUUUAGGCUCAACAACCCCGGCACCACAGUGUUCACUGAGGACUGCAACAUCUUGCUGAAGUUGGUCAUGUCUGGAGAGAAGACUAAUUCUCUUGGCCAGAAGCUGCCUCAGAAAGGUGACGUUGAGAUGCUGUGUGGAGGACCUCCUUGCCAAGGGUUCAGUGGGAUGAACCGUUUCAACUCUCGCACUUAUUCCAAAUUCAAGAAUUCACUUGUGGUCUCUUAUCUCAGUUACUGUGAUUACUACAGACCAAAGUUUUUCCUGCUUGAGAAUGUGAGGAACUUUGUGUCAUUCAAAAACUCCAUGGUGCUAAAGCUAACUCUACGCUGUCUUGUGCGCAUGGGCUACCAGUGUACUUUUGGUGUCCUUCAGGCUGGUCAGUAUGGUGUUGCCCAGACCCGUCGCAGGGCUAUCAUCCUGGCUGCGGCUCCUGGAGAGAAGCUGCCUCGCUACCCUGAGCCUCUGCACGUGUUUGCUCCCAGAGCUUGCUCGCUGAGCGUGGUGGUGGAUGAAAAGAAAUACGUCAGUAAUGUCACACGAGGUAAUGGAGGAAUCUACAGAACCAUCACUGUCCGAGACACCAUGUCUGACCUGCCUGAGAUUCGCAAUGGUGCAGCUGCAUUGGAGAUUUCCUACAACGGGGAGCCUCAGUCUUGGUUCCAGAGGCAGAUCAGGGGCACACAGUAUCAGCCUAUCCUCAGAGAUCAUAUCUGCAAGGACAUGAGUGCUCUGGUUGAGGGUCGAAUGCGUCACAUCCCCUUGGCUCCAGGCUCCGACUGGAGGGAUCUUCCCAACAUCGAGGUUCGGCUCAAAGAUGGCACCAUGACCAAGAAACUGCGAUACACUCACUCCGAUAAAAAGAAUGGACGCAGCAGCACUGGUGCACUUAGAGGUGUUUGCACUUGUGCAGGAGGGAAGCCAUGUGACCCUGCAGACAGGCAGUUUAACACCUUGAUCCCCUGGUGUCUGCCCCACACUGGUAACCGUCACAAUCACUGGGCUGGACUCUACGGUAGAUUGGAGUGGGAUGGCUUCUUCAGCACAACUGUCACCAACCCUGAACCCAUGGGCAAGCAGGGCCGUGUUCUGCAUCCUGAGCAGCACAGAGUGGUUAGUGUGAGGGAGUGUGCACGCUCUCAGGGAUUCCCUGACACCUACCGCUUCUUUGGAAACAUCCUGGACAAACACAGACAGGUUGGAAAUGCUGUGCCUCCUCCACUCUCCAGGGCCAUAGGCCUGGAGCUUAAGAAGUGUGUCAUGGAGAGAAUGAAGGAAGAACAAGCAACUGAGAAUAUCAAACAAGAGAAGAUGGAGGUCUCUGAUUAGUCCCUCAUCACCUUCCCAGCAAGAGUCGGUUCCACAAAUCCUGAUGCUGAUGUGUCGGGCAAUCAUUUCUUUUAAAUAAGCUGGCUAUCAACUGUGUCACUAAGUGGCCACCAUGGACAUUUUGUGCAGUGCCGUUCCAUGUUGUUUUAAAUGUGCUUUUAAUCAUGAUGAUGUUGGGAAAUGUUCACUUAAUGUGGGAUAAAUUGUAUGUAGUUUUUUAUAUGUAAUAUUUCAAUAAAGCUCUUACUAAAUUGA